AUUAUUUUCCGCUACCGGAAGCCCCGGCUCGGCAGGAGCGGCUGCGCCGUCCCGUCCGUGUGCUGCUACGACAACGCACUUCCGACGCAGCGUCGUUGCGCAGGCACUCCCCCUCCGCCCCCACCUUGCCUUUGCGUCGCCUCCACCUCACCGCCGCCGCCCACCUCAUCGCCGCCUGCCGGCUCGUCCACCUCUCCACCUACCCGCUGCCUCCGCUUGCCUGACCGCCGCCGCCCCCUCCGUCGCCGGGGGCGAUCGCGGCUGGCUGCCGCAACCGGCAGUAACUGUGCAAAGGCACUGUUGUCUUAUCUACACUGCGGCUAAUUAUCCUAUCUACUUAUGACUUCGGUUUGCCGAGAUUCGCUCAGAUUCUUGCCCCUGGUCGGUGAGAUUUUGUAAUAAUUGCUGUCACGACUACAAAAGUGGCAGCUAUGCGUCUUUCAUCUUCUCUCCAAGAUCUGCCGACCUUCACUAGAAUUGAUGCUUUAGAAAGGGGUUCUAGCAUUGGCAGUGAUUUGAACACUGAACGUGCAAAACUUGUCCGCACGCUUCAAAGAGAUGGUGCUUUACCAAGCUUUUCAAAAGAGAGAACACCCCCAUCAUCACCGACAUAUCGAAAGAAAUGCAUGAAAGCAGCUGGUAGCGCUAUUGUGCUAAUCCUACUGGUGUUCUUUGCAUAUGCUUCUUGGAGAUAUUUCCAUGUAUUCCUCUCAGAGGGAAGCUCUGAAUACUAUGUGAUUCUUGAUUGUGGUAGCACCGGCACAAGAGUUUAUGUCUAUGAAUGGCACAUUAAUCAUAAUGACGCAAACACAUUUCCUAUUGUUUUGAAACCUUUAGGGACUGCUCCUAAGAAAAAGUCUGGUAAAUUAACUGGGCGAGCAUAUCAGCGAAUGGAGACUGAACCUGGAUUGAGCAAACUUGUUCACAAUGAAUCUGGAUUAAAGAAGGCAAUAGAACCCCUCCUUCAAAUGGCUGAGAGGCAGAUCCCGAGACGUGCACACAAACACACUCCAGUUUUUCUAUAUGCUACAGCUGGUGUCCGCAAGCUACCUAAUGCAGACUCAGAGUGGCUCCUGGAUAAGGCCUGGGAUGUUCUGGAGAAUUCGUCAUUUUUGUGCAGUAGAGACAGAGUUAAGAUCAUCAGUGGCAUGGAAGAAGCUUAUUAUGGAUGGAUAGCUCUUAACCACCACAUGAACAUGCUUGACACCUCAUCAUCUAAAAUGACAUAUGGUUCACUUGAUUUAGGUGGAUCAUCAUUACAGGUGACAUUUGAGACUGAUAAAUCGGUGCAGGAUGAGACAAGCAUUAGUCUGAGGAUUGGUUCUGUCAAUCAUCAACUUAGUGCUUAUUCUCUUACCGGUUAUGGAUUAAAUGAUGCAUUUGACAAAUCCGUAGCACAUCUAGUGAAGAGAUUGGGAGGAGCUAGUAAUGGUAAAGUUCAGGUUAAACAUCCUUGUCUACAAACUGGAUACAAAGAAGAUUAUGUUUGUUCUUACUGCCACCCACUAAAACAAGAUGGAAGUCCCAGUGUUGGAGAGAAGAUAGCUGGCAAAGAGAAGCAGGGAAUAGCUGUUGAAUUGGUUGGGGAACCUCAGUGGAAUGAAUGUAGUGCUCUCGCGGAAGUAGCAGUUAAUCUUUCAGAGUGGUCCAGUGCACGUGCUGGACUUGAUUGUAACCUUCAUCCUUGUGCUCUUGCUUCUAAUUUUCCCCGACCACAUGGGCAAUUUUAUGCUAUGUCUGGCUUCUUUGUGGUUUUUAAAUUUUUCAAUUUGACUGCUGAUGCCACUCUCGUUGAUGUUCUAAAAAGAGGUCAGGAAUUUUGUGAAAAAACAUGGAAAGUUGCAAAGAGUAGUGUUCCUCCACAGCCUUUUAUAGAGCAGUAUUGCUUCAGGGCUCCUUAUAUUGCAUCACUUCUGAGAGAGGGAUUGCAAAUUAAAGAUAACCAGGUGAUAAUUGGCUCUGGUAGUAUUACUUGGACUCUUGGGGUUGCUUUGUUGGAGGCUGGCCAGGUGUUGUCUACACGAAUCGAUAUUCAAGGAUACCGAAUACUGCAAAGGGAGAUAAACCCAAAUAUUCUUAUCGUAUUGUUUCUGAUUUCAAUUGUGUUGGUUGUGUGUGCCAUAUUAUGCGUCAGCAAUUCAAUCCCAAGAUCAUUCCGCGGUUCUUAUCUGCCUCUUUUUAGGCAGAACACCGGAGGUAGUUUUGUGCUUGGUAUGGGAUCUCCUUUCAGAUUUCAUUUAUGGAGUACCAUUAAUUCAGGCGACGCAAGAACAAAGACACCGCUGAGCCCUACUGUUGCUGGUUCAGAUGCUCAUCCGUUCAGUAUUAGCCAUGGAUUAGGAGGCAGCAGUGUUCACCUUAUGGAGUCUUCCAGGCAAUCCUUGGGUGUCUAUCAUAGCUAUUCUGUUGGGAGCUUAGGCCAGAUGCAGUUUUCUAGUGGAGUUAGGAACCCCAGCCGAGGUCAGACUACACUUCAAAGCCGGAGGUCCCAAUCAAGAGAAGAUCUCAUUUCGACAUUAGCUGAUCUUCAUGUUCCAAAGGUGUAGCAUUGCAUUUCCGAAUGACAUCACUAGAAUGUGAUCCCAUGCCGUAACAAACUUUGUAAAUAAUAGCUCCAGAGUUCAGACUGCUUGAUUUCUUCUCUAAUCAGAAGUCAAUUUUGUCGGUACACUGACAUUUCAGUGAGGUUUAGGAUUUGUAUAAAUGUUGAAGACUUAAAGUAUGACAUGGUGCCUAUCCUGGAUAUGAUACAUCCAUUCAUUCCAUUGUAUGUGGAACAGAACAUUUCAUAAAGGUGAGAUAUAAUUUAUAUGGUUCACCGAACUGGUUGGCCAUGGGCUGCAAGUUUGUGUAAA